AGUUUAAAGAUCUGACACAACAAAACACGAAACAGUUGCCAUGCUAGGCGUCGGGGCAUGUCGAAUUUUACGAGUGGUAUCCUAUCAGAACCCGAUUCUGAUGAAGCAACGCCAUGUCGGUUCAGCUCAGUUAGUUGAACGGACUCAAGGUGUAAAGAGGCGGGAAUGGUCGACGGCCGACUCAAAUGUGUACGCUCUAGAGACAAAUAGUUCUAGAAACAGCCUGAAGCCGUACCAAGUGCCGGAUGAUCCCAACUACGAGCCGUGCGUGACCUUUACGCCCAACCAGACGGAGCGAUGCCAGAAACCAAUAGGGGCUCUAUUGGCCGAUCUGACGGCGCAGAGCAAGUUCUUUUACGGAAUCGAGAUCAUACCUCGCCUAGGUGGCAAGCCAUUGCCCAUUGAUUUCAACGAUUUUCUGCCCGUUCUGCCUACUUUUGUCAGCGUGGUUUGGCUUGCCACUCAAUACUGGAACAUAGAUCCCAUAGAGGCAGUGGAUACCGUGCAAUUAGUCAAGCAUCUGGAGCCUCGAAUUCCCACCUUACCACACCUUACAGUCUAUCGCAUGAGUGAGCAGCGACUGGACGACUUCCUAGCCCUGAAUCUGAAAAACUUGCUAGCCGUACGCGGCGAUAAGGUCCAUGAAAGUCAGCCCUACAAAGACAGUGAACAGCUGGUGAGGCGGGCGCAAUGUGUUAGGGGAGAAUCGCUCUCCAUUGGCGUCGCGGGCUAUCCGGAGGGUUAUACAAAUGAGCCGCAUGGAGCGGAAAAUCCACUCGCUAGUGUACAGUUCCUAAAACAAAAGGUUGAAGCUGGCGCCGAAUUCGUUAUCAUGCAAUUCUGCUAUCGUCCCGAGAAAAUUGUCCAAUUCAUACUCGAUUGCUGUGCUGCGAAUAUUAAUGUGCCCAUCAUAAUGGGCAUCGUUGUGCCCGAGUCCUUCAAGACCUAUCUGCUAAUGGAGAAAUUUGUCGGUGUCCGAUUACCGAAUGAGUUGCGCGCCCGAGCAGAAGAGCUGCAGCAUUGCCCCGCCGAGUUAGCCAAGUUCUUUGAGGAGUUGGCCCUGAACAACAUUCAAUACGUGCUGGACGCUAAUGUUGGGGUGUGUGGUGUCCAGUUUUACACCUUGAAUCACUUGCGUUCUACGAUCCAUAUAUUGAAAAAGCUGCAUGAGAUGGAAAUUCUGAAAUAAAAAGAAAAUGUCGCCGUACAUUUCCCAACUGCUACAUUAAGCAUUCUCUCACAAUGUAAGACAAUUAUUGUAGACUUCCGAAAAGAGAGCACUUUAAAAUGUAAACAAAUAUUGUACAAAAAAUGAAUAUAUUAUUCCUUACACAGAAAA